CCGGGCCGGCUGGCAGUGUCCCCAGUGCCGAGUUUGUCAGAGCUGCAGGCUGCAAGGGGAUGAUGGCAUGUUGCUGGUGUGUCAACGCUGCGAUAAAGUCUACCACACACACUGUCUCACACCACCUCUGGAUCACACACCGAGCACCGGCUGGAGCUGCAAGAACUGCAGGAUCUGCCGCCGCUGUGGUGUGAGGUCAUCAGGCCAGUGGGCCAAUCACCCGUUUCUGUGCAAGUCAUGUGACCCGGCCCUGCCCUGCCCAUUCUGUGACCACGCCCCCGACCUGCACACACCACAGGACUAUCUGACCUGUGUCUGCUGCUAUAGGUUUGUCCAUACAGAGUGUGUGGUCCAGGCUGGGGAGGGCAGGGCGGGGUCUGAAGACUACAUCUGCUCCACCUGCAGGCCUCAGGAGGAGGAGCCAGUCACACACACUCCACUUGUCUCCACCUCCACCACGGCCCCCCUACUCAGUCCCACGCAGGCACCACCCAGUAACACACCACCACCAAGUCCAAGUCACACAGAGGCUCCACCCAUAAGUACCACCCCUGACAGCCCAGUCCACCUCAUCUGCUCAGAGACACCACAGAGUCCCACCGAGAUCCUCCCUUCACAGCAAAGUCCUGCUCCCCCUCAUCCUGAACCUAAACCCACAGAGCUCCAACAUAGUCCUGGGCCAACCCACCCUGAACAUGAACUCAUAGCACUCCAACAUAGUCCUGCACCAUCCCACCUUGAACCUGAACCCACAGAUCUGCAACAUUGUCCUGCACCAUCCCACCCUGAACCUGAACCCACAGAUCUGCAACAUAGUCCUGCAACUUCUCACACUGAACCUGAAUCCACAGAGCUCCAACACAGUCCUGCGCCAUCCCACCCUGAACCAGCAGAUUUCCAACAUAGUCCUGCACCAUCCCACCCUGAACCAGCAGAGGUCCAACAUAGUCCUGUGCCAUCCCACCCUGAACCAGCAGAGCUCCAACAUAGUCCUACACCAUCCCACCCUGAACCUGAAUCCACAGAACUCCAACAUAGUCCAGCACCAUCCCACCUUGAUCCAGCAGAGCUCCCACAUAGUCCUGCACUAUUCCAUUCUGAACCAGCAGAGCUGCAACAUAGUCCUGCGCCAUCCCACCCAGAAACAGUAGAGCUGCAACAUAGUCCUGCGCCAUCCCACCCAGAAACAGUAGAGCUGCAACAUAGUCCUGCGCCAUCCCACCCAGAAACAGUAGAGCUGCAACAUAGUCCUGCGCCAUCCCACCCAGAAACAGUAGAGCUGCAACAUACUCCUGUACCAACCCAUUCUGAACCUGUAGAGCUGCAACAUAGUCCUGUGCCAUCCCACCCUGAAACCACAGUGCUCCAGCACAGUCCUGCUCCAUCCCAACCUGAGCCUGAACCCACAGAGCCCCAACACAGUCCUGCGCCAUCCCACCCUGGACCCUCAGAGCUCCAACACAGUCCUGCACCAUCCCACCCUGAAUGCUUAGAGCUCCAACACAGUCCUGCACCAUCCCACCCUGAACCUGCAGAGGUUCAGAAUAGUCCUGCACCAUCCCACCCCGAACCAUUAGAGCUGCAACACAGUCCUACGCCAUGCCACCCUGAACCCUCAGAGCUCCUACACAGUCCUCUACCAUCCCGCCCUGAACCAUCAGAGCUUCAACACAGUCCUGCACCUUCCCACCCUGAACCAGCAGAGUUCCAACAUAGUCCUGCAUCAUUCCAACCUGAGUCUGUAGAGAUUGAAAAAAAUCCAGAGCCAUUACACCUUGAUCCAACAGAGCUUCACCGAAGUCCUGUGUCAUCUCACCCUGAUUCCACAGAGCUCCAACAAAAUCCUUUACCAUCUCAUUCUUAUCAAAAAGAGCUCGAACAGAGUCCUGCCCUAUCUCACCCUGAUCCCUUACAGCUCUGGGGAAGUCUCUCACCAUCGCAUGUGGACACCACAGACCUCCAACAAAGUUCACCACCAUCUCACUCUGGUUCAACAGAGUGCCCCCCAUCAGUUAACUCUGAUCUCACAGAACAGCAGAAGAGCCACACCCCAUUUCAAAACUGUCCAGCAGAACUUCAGGCUCAGAGUAGUCCUUCUCAGCUAGGUUUUUUCUCUUCUAGCCCUUCCCAAAAUCCCACAGCGGAUCAGCUUUUGUCCACAGACUCUCAGCAGAGUCCAGCACAGGGUAGUCCCAGGUCUUGUAGCCAUGCACAUUCCCCACCACACUCACUGACCCAGGUAGGGCUUAGUCCUGUCCUGGUUCAGCCAGGGCCUGCAGAGCCUGAGCAAAGCCCUCUUCCAAACAGUCCUGUGCAGGACAACACAGAAAAGACACAGCUUGAAAGACCUUGUAGCUCUGCAAACAUUAUUAUCACUCAGCGUCAGCACAGUCCCCCACAAAGAUGGCAAAAUCCUAUGCCAUGUAGUCCUGCACAAGUUGGCACAUCAGCUCCACAGAGUCCCACACAGGAUGCUGAGCGUACACUGGACCAGGAGAGCCCUGGAUCAAGCAAUCCUGCUGAGCUGCAAUGUGGGCCUGCACAGGACAUUUCUACACUGGACCAGGACAUCUCACCAGUCUGCUGUAGGCCUACCCAGACAGCAAGAAGACAUGCCUCACCGAGGCCCAAAUCAGCUCCAUGUAGCCCAUCACCGUUCCCUCUCAGAACCACACAGUGUAGUCAGUCACAGCCUGCCAGCCCAGUGCAUGCUGGCUCUACACAGCCUUCUAGGCCUUCACAGCUCACCCUGCUUCCUGCUCAGCCUGCUAGACAGUCAAGAGUCACAAAGGACUGCACCCAAACCAGUUCUGCAGAGCACAGCCCAGUGCAGCUGAUUCUUCACCCCGAUGGCCAAACACUGGAAAGUAGCCCGCCCCCUUUUAGCCCUAGCUCUGACCUAUCCACAGUCCCCCCUGAUCACCAUGGCAGCAAUGGCAAACUCCCAAACAAAUGUGGUCCUGUUCAGAGUAGCAUGAUUAGCCCUGACCAAUCUAGCCCUCAACACGGUAUUGCCAUGCCCACACCAGAAAGCCUUGUUCGCCUUAGCACUUCAAUUGAACACAGUAGCCUAACUUGCUCACCUUGUGCUGAUGAAUUGGAGGAAAUUUCUUCCCCAGCUCGUUACGGAUAUCAGAGUCCUUCUUGUGAUGACCCAUUGCACUUCACAGAAGCAAUUGAGGGUAAAGCAAGCCCCGUACAUAUCCAAAACAGCUCAGCUAGUGCUUGCCCCAAACAGGCCAGUCAAAUGCCUACGAGCCCUGCCAGCUCUACUCAGGCCUGUGCUAGCUCCAUGCCAGUGGAGACUAGUCCCACCCACAUCAGUCCCGCAGCUACAGAGACCAGCACAUCAGCACAGCCAGAUAGCCCUGUGACAACAAGCACGCAACCCGUUAUAGUAUUGGCUGCAUCUGUCCAACCCAUUUCAUGUCAGGAUGAGGACACGCAGGUACAUGUCAACAAUCCUACUCAUUUUCUUCAGCCAGAAACUAGUCCCAGCCAUCCUAACUCCACUCCGGACCACAGAGUUCAUCCUAGCCCUCCUCACACUAGCCUAGUCUGCACAGAAGCUAACAGUGGGUACAGUCUGAUGGGCUCUAUGCAUGUUCAAGAGAAAACCAGUCACUUUCUUUGUAAUUUUGAAGGUACCCCCGCAAGGCGAAGUCCCACACAUUCUGGUCAGUCAAGUCCCUCACAUGUCCAAAUCGCCUGCAGUUCUUCUCCCGUACAGUUGAGCCCCCUGCCAACUACAGCAAGCUUUAGUCCUCCACACUGUCAGUCGGUCGAUACUAGCCACAGUCUGAGCCAUGGGGGCCAGACAAGAUCCCCCUCUUCUAGCAUAAUUGAUGUUAGCCACAGUCCAUCCAGGUCUAGUCCUGCUGGUCAAGCUAGUCCUGUUCACCAACAAAGCACCUCUAGCAGUACCCACUCAGGCCCAGUCCAAAGACAGACUCUCUCAUUAGCUGGCACCACACACAGCAGCCCUGCACACUCCGCUGUUGCUUGUGUUAGUCCACCUCACAGUCCAGCUCAGGCCAGUGAAGGGUAUCGUAGCCCCACAGGUAGCCCCCAUUACAGCCCAGUUCCCCACACUGGAUCCAUUUCUGGCCUGACGGUGGCACAGCUGAGCCCCACUUUGGCCAGUUCAAGUCUGGAUGUGGAAGCUGUGGCCACUUCCAUCGUGCAGACCUGUGCUCUCCCCACUGUGGCUCAGCUGGACUUUGGUCUCUGUAAACCCUCAGACAGUAUUUGGCAGAUAAGCCCUGCACAUGCUAGUUCCCUACAGCAUGACUCCCCUGCUGUCAUUCCACAACAGGUAAGCCAGUCCCCAAGUAGUCCUCACCUCACCUCUGACAGGUCUGUUGUUGAAAGCCAACUAGGCAGUGCAUCAGGAAGCCCCUGGUGUCAGAGACCAGCCACCCCUGUGGAUGCUACUUUGGCUAGUCCUGUCCAAUCUGGUCCCACUCAGGAUAAUACUGUGAUGCCUAGCACCAGACACACGGGUGAAGCGCCCGCUAGCCCCUCACCCUCUGCCCCCUCACGGGUUAGUCCCCCGCAGGCUCCACAAGCUAGCUCUGUGCACACUAGCCCAGUCUCUGGUUCUUUUUGCAGCCCCCUGCGGUCAGGGUACACACAAGUUAAUCCCAGUCCCACCAGCUCUCUGCGGGCUGAGGCCAGUCACAGUCCUGGACCUGGUAGCCCCAUCAGUUGUGAGGCUAGCCCUGGCCCCAAUUCAGUUAGUCCUGUUCUUGCCAUCCCUGGGCAGUGUGAAAUGAGUACUAGUCCUGUUCCUGUUAGUCCUGAGCAGACUGAUGCUGGUUUUAGUCCUGGUCCUACAAGUCCUGAUCAGACUGAUGCUGGUCCUGGUCCUGGUCCUACAAGUCCUGAGCAGACUGAUGCUGGUCCUAGUCCUGGAGGCCUCUCUGUUUCCAGCCCCCAGGCACACAUGACAGAGUCUGCAGCCUCUGUGGACGUCAGCAUCGCAGAGGAGGAGCAGGAGGAGCCUCACCGCACAACAAAGGAGCGUCCAGAAGAAGAGGAGCCUGCUGAGAGGACAGAGGGAGGAGGUGAGCAGCAGGAGGAGGAGCAGGAAGAGGAGGAGGAGGAUCUGCUCAGCAGCUGUCCUCCUGCAGGAGCUGCUCCUCUCUUAUCCCAACCGACCACACCACCCCAACCUCCUGCUCCUCCCAGAGCUGGCUCUGUGGAGGAGACCCCUCACAGGACAGCCUUACUCCCCUCCCUGCCUCCUCCCUCUCCUCCCCUGGAGGAGGACGACAGCCAAUCACAGUGCAGGUUUGAAGCCACCAAAGAGAAGCACCGAUCACAUGCUGAGCCUUCAGAGAAAGAGGACCAGGAGGAGCAGAAGCAUCAGGUGGAGGAGCAGAAGCAUCAGGUGGAGGAGCAGGGGCAUCAGGUGGAGGAGCAGCAGCAGCAGCAGGAGGAGCAGCAGCAGCAGCAGAAGGAGGAGGAGGAGGAGCAGCAGCAGCAGCAGGAAGAGCAGCAGCAGCAGCAGGAGAAGGAGCUGCCUCCCGGAACAUCGCAGCCAUUUGCAAUAGAUGUGGCAGCCGCGUCGGAGAUUGAACAGCCAAUGAGGGAGGGGCAGGAGGAGACGAGGGAGGGCGCUGAGCAGGAGGACCAAUCAGAUAUGGAGGAGGAGGAGCCGGUGAGCCCUGUGCUGGACCUGGACCCCUCCUUGGACGUGGAGGUGAUGGCGCUGAUGACCUCCUCCUCUCCUGCAAGCUCCACCCUUCUUCUCUGUUCCCCAAAUUCUCCUCCCACCUCCUCCCGGCGGGGCACGGCUCGCAUCCUCAGGCCUCCUCCCUGCUCCUCCAGGCCUUUGGACGACUUUGCCAUCCGUCUGAGGCAGUCCCCCUUCUCCACCGAGGCCUCCCCCGAGACCUCUCCCGCCAGAGCUCCCAUCACCCCGCCUCCUCUCUCUCCACUCUCACCUCCUCUCCGCUACUCCCCCUCCGCCAGGGAGACCCCUCCACUUACAAAGUCCGAGGUGUUCCUCCCCAUCACUGUUCUCCCUCUGACUCCUAAAAUUGGGAUGGGGAAGCCUGCAAUCUCCAAGAGGAAGUUCUCCCCCGGCAGAGUGCGGGUCAAACAGGUGCGUGACCUCUGA